UGCUCUUUUUCUGCUGUCAGGAACAUGAAUGCUUUGAACUUAGGAAGGGAAGAGACAAGGAACAACAUAAAAAAUCUAUUCUUUUUAAAAAUAAUGAACAAGAUGGUAAUGCUGAGAACUCUAAGAAGGCAAACAUGGAAUGUGCACCUACUGCUGUCCAUGAGAAGCUUCAACUAGAAUGUCAGAAUGUUAAAGGUUAUGACAAGCUUCAACAAGAAUGUCCGAAUCUUAAAGGUUCAGAUAAUCAGCUUUGUACAUGGAUUCAUAAAGACAAUUCAAGUUGCCAGGAAAUUGGAGUUCAGACAGACCUACCUGUUCGUCUUGAUCUCUCAACUAAGUUGCAGGGUAUUUGGAGCUUGAUAAGGGACCAAAAUACAGGAAGGACUCUGAUUUCCAAGUUGCUUGUUGAUUGUCCAACCGAUUUUAAUAUCCUUUUUGGAUAUGCAAGGUUGAGUACAUCUUUAAAAGCAGUAGACACUUUGGCAGUUGAGAACUCUUUGGAAAAGGAGCAUGCAUCUGAAGCUGCAAAAGCAUCUAAUUUCUUCUGUGUGGUAAUGAAGAUUAGCAAUGGGAUGCUUCAGUUGGAGGCCAUGCUUGAACCAUUACUCGAUCUCUGCAAUGCUAACAAUGAUGUUAUUGUUCAUAAAUCACUUUGUAUACUGCAUAAGUUGUUGAAUAAUCUUUUGGCACUGGAAAGGAGAUCUGAAGUUAGGAACAAUGUCAUUGUUGAGGAACUUCACUCCGUGACCAGCACUGAUCAUUUUCAUGGAUUUGAAAGUAUAAAAAGGUCGAAUUGCAUAGGUAGUGAAGGGGCAUGUAAUGCAAGCGAUUUUUCAUUUGGAGUAUGGCCUAAUGCAGAAACUUCAUACAAAAAGAGAUCCUGGGAAAUUGGCAAUGCUGCAAUACCACUUUAUUUUGUAGAUUGGAUCUCUCUAUUUGAAUCAAUCCAUCAGAUUGCCCUGAGAAGUACUGAGGAACAUGUGAGAUUAGAAGCACUCUCAAUCAUGAAUGUGAUUCUAAUGAGAACUAAUGCAUCCACGGAGAGGGAAAUGUUUGGGCACAAAAAAAUAUUUGAAGGCAUUGCGCUGCUGUUAAGCAAGGGAAACUGGCUUAUGUGUGAGAAAGGAAGCUGUGCGCCUUCUGUACCUGCUGCUAAAUUGAGCUGGACCUUUGCAGAAAUGUUAUCAUUGUGCUUGCUUUCUUAGCCUCAUCUGGAAAAUUUGGUUUUGAAAUUCUAGUGGUUCACAAGCUAUCAAGAGACAGAAAUUUUCUACUGCUCAUACUACAAAUGUUGAUAUCAGAGACAGACAUGGAAUCAACCUUGCAGAGUGAAUCUGCGGGGAUUUUUGAGAAAAGGUUGGUGAAAUGGGUUUAUAUAUUCUAAUGCCUCCAAAUUGCCGACACUGGCUCUGGCUUUUGUUUGGUGUGGUGGUUUGCAUGUCCAUAAGUUAGAGGCUUACAUUUUUAAUAUACAUGUUUCAAACCAGUAAACUUCAUAUCUUCAUGAUGGGCUAUUACUAUUGUUUUUAUUCUUUGUACAUGCCAAGGUAGUUUUUUUUAAAAGACCUCUUGCAUUAAGUUUGACAACAUUUAUUUCCUCCAAAAAAGUUUCAAGAACAUUUUUAUGAUUUUCUUACCAUGCAGCACAGCUUAUGGUUU